AUGGAAAAGUUCAGAGAUUUCCCCACUCAUUCGCUCCAAGAAUUGAUGAAUAUCAGCCUCAACUUUUUCCAGAAUUACCCAUUCGAGGACAAACUGUCCACUUGGAAUGCUUUGCUUAUGGAUUGUUUUCCAAUCCCAACUUAUCGCUGGACUCGAGUUGAUGGACUCCCACUUCCUGUAGGUCGUCAUAAAUUACUUAGCUUUGGACGAAUUCUUCGUAUUGAUGGAGCAGAGAUAACCGAUUCGGGAAGAUAUCGCUGUACUGCUCAGAAUGAACUGGGAACAACUAGUGCUGAAUUAAAGCUUAUUAUUCAAGCACUUCCAGUUUUGUUUCACCCUCUAAUUGAUCAAUUAGUAGCACCAAAUUCUACAGCUUCCCUGCAUUGUCAAAUACCCGAUUCUGGAAGUGUACAAGUUGAAUGGUUUCGAAAUGGAUCUCCUCUUUCGCCUCUGCUUUUAACUGAACAAGAAAGGAAACGAUUUUUGAUCGCUGGGAAUGAACUUACAAUUGUCAAUGCUUCACCUUUUGAUUCUGGAAUGUUUCAAUGCAUUGUCUCCAAUGAUAUUGGCAGCGUUACUUCUUCAGCAUUACUUUUUGUUACUGAAUUGGCUCCUCGCUUUCAUUCAAAUGUUUUUCUUUCAAAAAUUUUUGUUGUAGAGGGAACUCAUUUAUCUAUUCCUUGCCUUGUUCAAUCCAAUCCUCCGGCAAAAACUCAUUGGAAAAAAUUAGAUGAUUCUUCAGAAGCAGAAGGUUUAAAAUUAAAUAAUUUUAUUGAUCAAUCAGUGCCUGGUCAAGAAGUUGCUUUAUUAAAUAUUGAAAAUGCUCAAGCACUUGAUUCUGGUUUAUAUGAAUGUACAGCAAUUAACAGAUUAGGAAAAGCUAGAGCAAUAAUGCGGUUGGAAAUUAUUCCACGUCCACAAAUGUCAAUACAAAUUGAAGAUUCCAAAGAAGACCAAUUUUCAAAGAAAUUUACUUGUGAAGUAGAAAUUGCUUGUCGCAGUGUUGAAGAUUGUCCUGAAGCUCUUUUUAGUUGGGAAUUUAAUGAUAAACCAGUUGAAAGUUUGACAUUUGGUAAUGGAGGACAGGAACAACACCAAACAAUUAGAAUGGGCCAAAGAGAAAAUGCUUUUAAACAAAUUGAAAAUGGAAGAAUAAAUAGAUUAGUUAAGCAACAAAGUCAACUGGAAUUACCUACAAAAUUUACGAAAGAAAAUGUUGGCCGUUUUGCUUGUAAUUCACUUUUUGGAGUAGCAACAGUGGAAGUUGAACCUUCACUUAUUUUUGUUCCUUUAAAGCUGUCGGUAGGGGAAGUACACGAUGGAAGUGUUAAAUUACUCUAUAGAAUAUUACAACCACAAACCUCGAAUGUGAAAAGGCGAGAUGGACAUUAUAAACAAAAGCCAAUAGAAAAAAUUUAUCAAUUAGAUGUUCGAACAGCCCUUGAUAGGUAUUGGAGACCAAUUAGAAGAGUAGAGCUGGACGAGAACGCUGUUAGUUCGAAUAGUUUAGAGCGUGAAAUUCUUUUGGAGAAACUUGAACCGAAUCAACUUUAUCAGUUUCGGUUGAGACCGUCCACAGAAAGAGUUCAAUAUGCAACACUUUCCGAUUGGGUGCGAACGCCUGAAGCAGUUCCUUCACAAGUUGUGCAAAACCUUCGCUUUCGAAUGCUUGACGAUCAACAUUUACUGCUAGAAUGGGAUCCAAUUGAAAGGGUGUUUCAUUCUGCUCCUCAACUUCGUUAUAAUAUUAGUUGGAAUCUCCAUGAUGGCCAACAAUUUUCUGAAUCUACAACAACUCCAAGAAUUGUCAUUAUAUUACCUUCAAAUUUAAAAAAUAAUUCUAAAGACUGUCUAAUUUUGAAUGUUAAUGUUCGCCCUUAUAAUCGAGUUGGGCCUGGAAAAGUAGCAACAAGUAAAGUUGUAAGAGCGAGUGAUAUAAAACCUCAACGUUUUGCUGUCAAUCUUCAAUUAAAUACUGUCAAUUCAACACAUUUAAAUAUUUCUUGGAAUUGGGAAGGUAUAGAUCCGUGUGAAAAUGUAUUGGGAGCUAAGAUUAUAUGCAAUGAAGAAGGAAUUACCAACAAUUUGGAUAAUUUUGGAAAUAUUAAAGAAAAGAAAGGGGACAGGCAACAAAGUAAACUUCCAAACUUUUCAAAUUCACUUCAACAAAUAUCUCAAUCUGUGCCUUCAGAAUAUAAUUUUUGGCUUUUUGGUGGUUUAUUACCUGAACGAAAUUAUUUUUGUAAAAUAAUUGCUUUUGAUCAAUAUGGAAGAAAUGGCCCAGAAAGAAUUGAAAGCUUUGGAAGAGGGAGGACAGCAGAAAAGGCACCUGAUAAAGCUCCUGAAAUUAGUUUUGUGCUGGUUAAAGAAGUUGAAGAUUUGGAUUCGGAGAUUGAUAAAGGUACAUCAUCAACAAUAAAUAAAAGAGGAUAUGCUUUAUUACUUGAUUGGAGACCUGUUCCUCUUACGUUGACAACAAUAAUAAACGGGUCUUAUUCUGCAAAAGAUGGUUCUUCUUUGACAUCCAAGAUUAGAUCAGAGAUCAGAAAAAGUGAAGAAAAUAGUAGCAGGCAGAGAGGGUACAAGAUUUUUGUUUACGUCACAGAAACUGCUGAACAACCUAUUGAAUUAACUCUUAGCGAAGCAGAACUGCACGAACCUCAAAAGCCUUCUGCUCGAAUUGAUGGUUUAAAGCCAAUGUUUUAUUAUAGCAUUCAAAUUGCAGCUUUCAAUCCUGGCGGAAUCGGACCUCUUAGCGAAAGAAUUCCUGUUCGGGUUGGUCUACACAGACAGCAACAAUUAAACGAUGAAUGGAAUGCAGGCAGUCAAAGCAAUAGAUUAAAUUUUAAUAUUUUAUUCGUAUUUUUCACUCUUGUAAUGUGUUAUUCUAUUGAGAGGAUAUUUUAAUUUAUUUUCGAACAUUUGAUAUUAUUUAAGUUUACACUUUGAAAUACUUUGAGUUUCCAUUUUGAAGUCCCUCGCGAAAUAGUGUGAGAACGUUUCCAGAGAAAUAAAGUUUAUGUUUUCAAAUUUUUGCCUUUCAAGUUUUGGCGGCCAUUAUUUUUGGCUUUCUGUUUUAAUAUUGAUUUUUGCUUUUUUUCUAUCUUUAACGUUCUCUCUAUCUGUUGAC